AUGGCCGCUUUGGCCUCCACUGCCAUGGCGCUCGCGCUUCCAAUGGCACAACCCUUUGAUAUUGUCUCUCGCUCCGAGGAUACCGUUGUUCCUGACAAGCAACAUUACGAUAAGCGUCAUGAAGAUACAGUUGUUCCCGAUAAACAGCAUUACGACAAACGCCACGAAGACACCGUUGUUCCUGACAAACAGCAUUAUGAUAAGCGCAACAAGGAUACCGUUGUUCCUGACAAACAGCAUUAUGAUAAGCGCAACAAGGAUACCGUGGUUCCUGAUAAACAGCACUAUGACAGACGUAACAAGGACACUGUUGUGCCUGAUAAGCAGCAUUAUGACAGACGUAACGAAGACACUGUUGUCCCGGAUAAGCAGCAUUAUGACAGGCGUACCGAGGACACUGUCGUGCCCGAUAAGCAACAUUACGACAAGCGAACUGAAGACACUGUCGUCCCUGAUAAACAACAUUAUGACAAGCGCAAUAAGGAUACAGUUGUUCCCGAUAAGCAGCACUACGACAAGCGAACUGAGGACACUGUAGUCCCAGACAAGCAACACUAUGACAAGCGUACCGAAGACACUGUGGUCCCCGACAAGCAGCACUACGAUAAGCGUACUAAAGAUACUGUUGUCCCUGACAAGCAACACUACGACUAG